GAUAACUUUAAUAGUACAUAUGACACAGUCCAAUCGAUUAUACUGGUAAUGAACUCGGGUGGAAAACUCUUUUCAAGUCAUGAUCAUCCAUUCAUUUCCACGAUCGUCCUCUUGGAUUCUUCUUGCAUACGUCUUGGCGUGAUGUAUGUUCGGUUCGUACGCUUUCAUAGUUCGCAAUUGCUCCUCCAUUAUGAAAUGUCUUUAUUCCACAGCAUAAUUUUUCUAUUCUAUUUUAAUUGACAGGUUUCGUCCAUGUUUACUGCUACAUUCUGCCAUUUUGCUUGGAUUGUCUGGUCUAGGUAACUAGCACUUUAAGGACAAACAUUAUUUUUAAAAGCAAUGCGUUUUAGAAACGUUUCUCUAAUACUAAUAUACGUCACGAUGUGAGGACGGUGACUGUGUGUUGGCGAUAUAUGGGGAGGAGUGUGGUGUCGAGUAAUACUAGUAUGUCAUAUAAAAUUGUCUUUAUUACUGAUGCGUUCUAAAUUUCUAAUUACAGAUGCAUUCAGUUGGAUAGAAACAGAAGUAGCGAAGGAAGUGAGAGCGGGAAAAGAUGACUUGGUUGUUAAAUGCCGUGUACCACGUGCCAGACUACCGGAAAUCGCCGUAUUCAGCGUCAUCAGCAAUUUUAGCAUCAGUCUCAACAAGAGAGAUAGUUCUGGAACGAAUGAGAAAUCGCUGGUAUCCAUUGAUCACAAUGUAAUCCAUGUCCAGGAUGAAGAGUUUAGAAGCAGACCAGGAGUUAAUGUUACAGGCUCUCUCAAUUUACGGGAUAACCCCGGACUAUUUUUUGUGAUAGACAGAAAUGAAAUCAAAUGUCCAGAGGAUUCCGGAGUGUAUAUAUGCCUCAUGAGUGUCAUAAAAAACGACAUUGAUAUAGUUGUUACUAUAAGUCGCCAAGAAGCAGCUGUGGUGAUUACAAAGCCGCCAGAGAGCAUGGGACCCAUUUUGUUUUAUGACACCAAGGGACUUAAUCUAAACUCACGGAAUUAUUCCGAGGGAACACGUCUUUACUUACACUGUGUUGGAGAUGCUUAUCUGAAUUCUGAAAUCAGAUGGUGUAUAAAACGGAAGAAAGAUGCGACAUUUGCAGCUAUACAUGAAAACGUCACAACGAAGCCCGUGUCCUCUGAUCAAUGCCAUUUCAAACAACAGAGCAUUCUAACACUGGACAUAACGCUCGAUAACACGGAUACGGAAGUACUCUGCGAAUCUGGAUACGAGGCUACCUGUGGAACCGGAAUCGUGAAAGCCAAUGCCUCUUUCACUACCCACACAUUAAUUGCAAAGUCCACAACAGAUGACACUGACUCGACCUCUACUGGGUUAAUUACCUCCCAUGUUACCUCCGAGGGCGUGCCUUACACACCUACUUUCCCAGAGACAACUUUUUCCCGAAACGAAGAAAGUGGAUCAACUUCUACCAACGAUCCACAAGAGUCGACACAGUCUACCGACUUCCAUGAUUUACAUUUUACGUCAGUUCCUUCUCAUGGACUAACAUCAGAUAUAGAGUUAAUAGCAAAUAGUAAAGACACAUUCUCUGCCACAGCUACCCGUUCCUCGGUACUAACCGAUGGGGCUCUAUCGACACCCACUGAAGUUUUCUUAACGGAGGAAUCAACAGAGAAUACAGCAAGUCCAUCUCAUACGACAGUAACCCAAAAUGAUUCUAAAUCCAGUCAAGAAAAUUCCCCAGGACGUCCUUCUGGUGAAAUUUACCAAAGCAUUGCGAGUACUGCAGGCGCCUCCCAAACCACUACUGGAUCGUCUAUAGCGGAAAAAUUCACAGAAAUACCAACUGAUACAUUGAAUAUAACCGAAAACGUUAAUGUUCUUGUCGGGUCUACCCUUGGCUCAUCUGAUGAAAGAAAAUCUGUUACAGCAACUUCCGAAACAAAACCGACCGACAUACCUAUAACAAUGCUUUCUUUCAAUUCAACACCGGAAGUAACGACCACACGGACGGAACACCCCAGCGCAGCCACUACAACACAAUCAGUCAUUACACAACCAAACUCCCUUGGCAUGCAAAAUGCCCAACAAACACAAAAUUUUACAUCUGGUAUUAAUCACUCUGAAAGCUCAUCCCCUAAGUUGUCGAUUAGGACAACAUCCUCCACAACAAAUGAUAUUGACAUGAAUUCCAGUACUUUGUUUCGGUCAUUCUUACCAACCUUUUCACAUGAUGCGAUUUCAACUUCUACCAAAUCCAAAACCAACUCUCCAUCACCGACUGAUUCUACUGAAACGAAUACAAAAGAAAACUCGUCAUCUGUAUCUACGACCGAUGGUACAGCGAUUUCAUUCAAAACCACCAACGGCAAAGACUCAACAAGAUACUUAACAGACAUGGGUCGUGAAAGUACUGUUGUAAAAGAAUAUACAAAGAAAGUCGAGAGCAUUUCCACCUCAGUAAAGACCCACACGAUAAAAAAUGACAAUCAAUAUAGUGGAAAUGGUACAAUUGUCACUGAACUACCAACUCUACAAAGCAAGUCAUCAGAACUUUCAACAACUUCUGCGCCAGCACUAGAUAUUUCCACGUCAGUGACCUUGGCAAGGACACAUGAGCUUGUAGGUGAGAAUCAGUCUAGUGAAAAAAGUACCAUUCUCACUGAACGACCUACAUUAUAUAGCAACUCAGGAAAAUUUUCUAGUUCCUGGGCAAACUUAGACAUUUCCACUUCAGCAAACUCAGCAAGGACGCACGCGCUUAUCAGUGAUCACCCAUUCAGUGGAAAAAAUACAAUUUUCACAGAACAACCUACUGGUGUAUUACAAACCAAGUCAGCAAAAGUUUUAAGAACUUCUGUGGCAAUACUAGCUAUAGAUAAUUCCACUUCAGAAACUUCUACAAGGACACACGCACUUACAAGUGAUGAUCAAUCAAGUGGCAAAAAUGUCAAUUUCACUGAACCACCUGCAUUAGAAAGCAACACAGGAAAACCUACCAGACGAUCAACAUUUCAAAGCAACUCCGCAGAGCUUUCUACAGCAUUGGUGGUUUCAAAAGUGCAAGAUCUAAAGGGAAUCCAUGGUAAAACAACAAAACUUACCUCUUCGACGAUAACAUCCCAACAAACACGACCAAACCGUUUUAUUACUACGUCACCGACCACAAGAAGGCCGAAAAACAAUCGACACCCAGCACAUCACACCAAAUCAAAAACCCUAACAACUACGCCAUCGACUAAGACAUCAAAACGACGCACAACGACGUCAUCCAUAUCGUCAAAGAUCCACGUGACCAGUACAAAACCCGUGGAAGUAGUGACUAUACCCACCAAUUGGCAGACAAUUCAAAUAACUGUCAUGACUGCUAUGUCGGUUACCGUUGUAGUGACAAUGACAAUAGGUUUAUCGUUAAUUUGGAAAGCAAAGUUACAGAUCGCAGCUGUAAAAAUUAAACCUUCUUUGGCAAGCGUAUAAUAGGUCAAACUUGUGAGAUCAUUCAGUAUAUAUAAAGUGCUUUAAAUCCAAUUUUCAACAAUACAGUAUGAUUGGGAUUUGAAUUACGGUAUUUUACUGCAGAUCAAUUAAUGUGAUGUCAUUUUCAAUUCUGGUAUUAAACUUUACAUUGAUCCCAUCCAGAAUUGUUUUCUUUUGGUGACGCAUUUUGUUCCGUGGUAUACCAAUAUGUUGGACGAUAUUGUUCAAUAAUUCAUUUUGUCUAUUUUCGAAACUGAGUGUUUUCCCAAACCGUAGAAAGGUUCGCAUUUUUUCGUCUUUGCAGUCUUGUGUUCGCACAUGGUCAUAGUUCACUACUAUCACCUUACUGUCGUUGUCUUUAGCGAAAUUCACCCAUGCGUAUCUCCACUCCAAACUACAAGCGGA